AUGAUCGUCCAUCCAUGUGUAAGGAACAAUUUUCCGACAGUCCAUGAAGGCAUCGUCCCCGGCAUGACGGAAGGGGGGAACCCCGGCGGUGUGACGUAGCUGAGCCGUCUGAGUGGUGAAUCCCCAUCCAACCCUGAAACUCUACAGAGCAGCAUCACAACCACAAUCUCCUGCGAAUAUUGACAUCAGAGUUACUGAUUCUGGAUUAGCUGUAAUUCUUCACCAAGUAAAGAGAGGCGCUUCACCUCAGUGCAGGUAAAUAUUCCUAUGUGGGUCGUGGACAUGAUAUUUUUUGCAUAGAUCAGAACACUGUGUGCAUGCCUCAGAUGAUCUCUCCCUGACAGCAAGACAGGAGCUUUUCAGAGGAAGUGUGUGGUGCAGCAGAAUGCAUGCUCCUUCUUAAAUCGGCGGUAACACUGUAACGCCGGUUGCCGGUUCUUUGACGUAGUGACGAAUAAUAACAAAUCAAAAUAAUAUAUAUUUAGUAUUUCUUAAUUUCUGACACUCACACCUGUUUUGCUAAUUGCAGCAUCUAAGAGUCCCCACUGUUGGGACAUCAGGUUCAAAUGAAACCCUUCUUAUGGGUGUGAAGAAUAUUUGGGUGGCUGAGAGCGCAUGUAGUUCUUCAAUAAGUAGUGAGCAGUUGAGCUUCUGAUGAGCAAAGGGUUAAAAGAGGCGCAGCUAGAAGCUGGUGAAGCUGAAGUCAUCCGGCAGAGCGCACAGCGAGGAGGAGGAGAGAUACAGAGAACACCUCCAAAAAACACGCAUCUAGGACGACUGAAGCAGCUGAUCUGCUCUCUGCUGUUUUCAUUUGAACCAUCAGUGUGUCUCGUCUCUCCACAGUAAAACACAGAGGCUCCCAGAGGCAGAGAGAGCAGCUGGAAUGAGAAACAAAUAACAAACGCGCAGAUCAGCGCCCCAACUAUGGCUCCAACGACGCUCGUCGGGAAGCUCGCCCUGUCCGCCUCACUGGAGUCGGCUGCAGUGCAGGAUGAGAGGUCUGUUGUGCUCCAGCGAGUGUGAGACCAGGAAGAAAUAUCACCUGACAGGCUGCCCUCCCCACGGGGCACAGAAACACACUCCCUCGCUCCUCUCAGCCUGGAAAGAGGAGGCUGGAAACGGCUGAGUUCUGCCGUGCGUACAGCGCGCCUCCUUUCCAGAACUCUCCACUCAGCGUUUUUUCUCCUGGAGAUCCACCACACACGCCUGUCCUCUCCCUGAACAACUUGGGGAAAACUUUGGCACCCGGAUUAUCUCCACACAACCUGUCAGGGGGUUGACCUCCAUGCAGGGAGCGCAGUGAGCAUCGCGCGCUCGGCUGUGGGGUACUGGAGCCUCGGUGUGAUACUGAAAGUCCUGCUGAGUCUGUCAAAGUCUAGGAGCGACCGAAGCGAAGAUGCCGGUCCGGAGGGGCCAUGUGGCUCCGCAGAACACCUUCCUGGACACCAUCAUCAGGAAGUUCGACAGUCAAAGUCGUAAGUUCGUCAUAGCCAAUGCAAGAGUGGAGAACUGCGCCAUCAUCUUCUGCAACGAUGGCUUCUGCCACAUGUGCGGUUACUCGCGAGCAGAGAUCAUGCAGAAGCCGUGUACGUGUAACUUCCUGUAUGGACCCGACACCAAGCGACUGGCCAUCGCCCAGAUGGCCCAGGCCCUGCUGGGGUCCGAAGAGAGGAAGGUGGAGAUCAACCUUUACCGCAAAGAUGGUAGGAAACACUUCUCCUAAGAGUGACUUGAGAGGUGUUUGUGUGAAUGAAAGAGAGGCCGUGUGCACCUGUUUUAUGUCCGUUGAUUCAGUAAAGAGCGGACUGCAGAGAGGCAGUUAUGGAAGGAAGUGAUGGAAAGGACGUGUGUGUGUGUGUGUGUGUGUGUGUGUGUGUGUGUGUGUGUGUGUGUGUGUGUGUUGUUGCACGUAAAAAACAAGUGACAAAGAUGUAGUUACAAGUGAUGCAGGCUGUAAGAGAAAAAUAUAAGCACUGAUGUGUAUAAUGUUGUAGUUGCUGUGUUUGUGGGUGUUUGCGUCUAUAGAAAAUAAUACUAAGUGUAUGUAUUGAAAAGGUCUUUUAUUAGAAAAAUUUUAGUUGUUUGUAAUCUUCGUACUUAUUUCAGUGUUGGCUUCACUGGCUGUGUGUGUCGUGUGCAGAGAACAGUUGGCUCAUGCAUAUGUGUGAGCUGUUAUGUGAGAGGGACCUGACUGCUGUUUACUGAUAUGUCCGUGGUGUAUUUUGUGUAAAUUGCAACUUUUUUCUGCCAGUCUUAUUGAUGUGAUGAGUGUGGAAGUGCAAAGAAUGCAGUAUGUUACAUUUGAUCUGUUUCCAAAUAGUAUUAACUGUAGAUCUAUUGGUGGCUGUGCAGAGAUUACGUUAAGUCACUGCAAAGUUGAAAACUCAAGAGGCACUUUAGUAGGAAAGUAGGCCAGGGAAGCCCUCUGGGAAUUCUCCUCAGUGGUCAGAGCAUAUUUAUGUUUGCACAUAUGCCAGCUGGACCUGGACCAGGUAACAGGACGCUGGUCACUGCACUGAUAGACGGCGUCCAUGGUGAUAAAGAGCUGCCAUGGUAAUAAAGUCAGCAGCUCUCUGGGCUUCAGCCAAAGCAUCUGCUGGACAUUUUCCACCUGUAGACAGACACCAGAGCAGCAGUAGGAGAGAAGGAGAGAGAGCGAGAGAGAGAGAGGGAAAGAAAGAGACAGAUGGAAAAAAGAAGAGAGGAGGAAAAGUCUUUGAACAACCUCAGGGUGAAAGAUGAGAGGCUGUGGGGAAAACAGCACAGACAAGGAGAGUGAGGAAAAAGCAGUGGGUGAGAUCUGGUCGCAAACAAUAGGAAGGAGAGAAAAACGGUGUCAGAAAGUCUCUUUCUCACAUAAUCUAAAAGCUUUGUUGAUGGUGAGAGAAAGCAAGGAAAAGACAGAAGGAGGCACACAGAGGGAUGGCGCCAGCUGUCUCCUCUUUGGUGAAACUUCUGAGGCUAUUCCGAUUCCAAACCCCUCCUGCACAUUUCACUUUCCACUGUUUAUACUGGAGAUGUGGACUUACACACACCAGCCAUUCGCUACAAAAAAGUAUCUUGUAAAAACUACAACUCUGUAUAUAGAACUACUGAGGUGUUGUCAUUUAUUUUCCGCUGGCUAAUUUAACAGCCCACUAGGCUGUUAAUAGAUAGUUAAAAGAAUUUGGAGGGCAACUUUUUAUGCCUGCACGACUCUGCUGUUUGCCUUGUGCAACCAUAAAAGCUAUUGUCAUGUUGCAGUAGCUCUGAUAGUCCAGUCCCUUCUAAUCAAAAAAAGAGCAAAUUACUUUACUAACUUAAAUUUAUUGCACCAUCAUUUCUAAUUUGAAGAGGGAAGUGGGUCAUGAAAUGACCGCACUCAAAGGAAUGACUAAUGUGAUUAAAUAUCAAUAAAAAAGAACAAUAUGAGGUUGAAGAGGUCAGUGAGGGUCAGAGCAUAGCAAAGCCACACUCAUCCCCACACAAUAUCACCUACUUUAACGAAAUAGAAAUGUGCUUUUGACUACUUUUGUAAGAUGCAAAGUGUAUCCAGUAUGUCUUUAUGUAAGGCAGAGUCAGAUUUUAUCUCCUUCUCCUGGAUAGCUGCUAAGCUUUGCCCCGAGGCCUUUCGAUUCCUCUUCACCUGCUGCAGUAACCCUUUUAUGCCUUACUUUUGCAUGACGAUUCAACUGAGCAUGCUUAGGUGUCUUACUGAUUCAUAUCUUGAUGGAUAUGAACUUUAUAUUCAGACCAAACAGCUCACACAUAGCUGAGAGUGGUACAAAAUGUUUGAGAAGUGAGUACAUGGAUACCCAGCAGUAUUGUGUCUCCUGCAUGCUAAGCUAGAAAUAAUCGUUAAGAGGUUUGAAGAGUGUAAAAAGCUCUUAUCUACAGUGUGACAGAGCUCAACUGACAAUACAUGAGAGUAUAUAAACAAGCACACACUACAGCCUACACACCAGGCAUCUCCCCUCUCUAUGAAUGGGCAGUUGUGUUUGUCAUGUUGCCAUGGAGUUUGUAGCGAGGCUCACCUCAUGUUGAUGCAGUAACCAAGGGACACUCAUGUGAAUGGACAAAAAAAAAUGCCCUUUUUCUCCUCCUCCUCCUCUACUGGGCACAUCCUCUUUAUGUAGAGGAUAGUGUUUCCAUGAUUAAACUUAGGUCAAGUGCAUGUAAACAUGGAUAAUAUAUUGUAUGAAGAUCAGGGUUCAUACUGGCUCAAAAUGAGGAGGUGGUGGAGCAAAGAUUUGUAGAAAUAAAUUUAGCCUGGAGGGACUGUUUCCCCCCUGGACAUGUUAAGAAUCAAACACUAUAAUUAUUGUAUUCUGGUCUAUUGUUGUGCACCAAUUUGGCAAUUGUUCCCCUAGCU